AUGCGCGCAGCUGAUGCGCAUAUCCAGCAUAUUCAGUAUAACCGUUUGAAGGAAGAUGCAAAAGCCCAGGAGGCGCUCUCGCGCUCUGGUAAGAUUGCUUUUGCGAUCUACACCUGGCCAAUAUGGAGACUUUCGCUCAACCCUUUUAAGGCUGCUUCUGCUGCUUCUGAGCCGGGGGCGGGCGAUAGUCCAAGUGUCUUAAGGGGCGGAUUCCAGCCGGGUCAGCUUGCCCAAGAUCCCCACGUAGGCAUCAACAAGGAGGAGAUGGAGCAGUACACCGUAGUUCAGAUUGAAUUCAACAAGGGAGAGUUGAGGGGACCAGAUGUCGAGCAUGGCUACCGAGCAUACAAGGAUCGCCUUGCAGACCGAGAUACAAACGCUCUACAUGACUGGCUCGAACAGCUAGAAGCGAUUCGACGAGCUACGGCCACUGAAGCGCAAUACGUAUGGCAAUACUUGGCUGUCAAAGAGCACAAGUUUUACACUAUGGAAGAAGAAGACAGGGAAAAGGACAUAAUGCGGCGCGAGCUUCAGCUGCUCAACAACAUGGCCAGCGACUUCGCAUCGCGCGAUGCUAUACUCGCUUAUCACAUCGCGGAUGUGCAGAAGCGGCUAAAGCAGCCUGGAAAACAAGAACCUGUCACCCAGAACCUUAUCAUCCAGACUCAUGCAAUGCCCGAGGGACUCCCAGAAGACUGGGAAAAUCGCUACAGUCCACAUUUGAUAGCUGAGCAGGUUCGGCUGAACUGGGCCAGGCAGAAAGAGCUCCUGGGCUACUUCGAACAGAGCAGCAGCAUUUUCGGUGACAUCAAGCCUGAGCCUGGCUCUAUGCAAGAAAAGCAGCUUGCCGGCAUCAAGCAAAAUGCUGAGGACAUGAAGAAGAAUGUUGAAGCUACGGAGCGAUUGCUCAAGGACUUCGAAGACCAGAUUCGCAGGGCUGAAGAAUACACAGACACAGACGCAGAAGAACCUAAAUCUGCCGAACCUUGA